AUGAGCGCGAUAACGCUAACUGAUAUUGCCGAAAUGGUGGCCAAUAUCUCCAGAGAGGAAUACGUCGCCGACUUCCUUAAACAUCAAGUAUCGAAACUCCGUUCGAGGGAGACAUGUUGGCCACAGUCAGGUGUCUCGGGUCUUCUAUACUUGUUGCGCGCGAACCUAUCUGAGACGCAAACGUGGAACAACAGUUUUAUAGAACAAGGACCAUACCAUUUCAACAGCACUGGAAACACAUACUCCGUGGACUUUGCGAACAAAGAGUUUAUUGUCAACGGCGUGGAUCAGGAUACAUAUAUCACCCUGUCCUAUGUCCAUGCGUUGAGCAUGAUUCUUGCAUUUUUCUUGAUUUACCCUAUCAUCCUGCUGAUGGAGUCGAGCACGGUUCUUUGCGAUCUUAUCAAUCGACCCGUGGCGAAGAAAACAGUCCAGAAGUGGGAGUCAGCCCUACGAGUCGUCGUCUUUACACCACUUGUCAUCGCCGGCUUGGUGACAGGAAUACUUGCGAUGGGUUCCUCGGAUCAUUUCAGAACAGAGCACGGGGUAAUCGGAAUUGUCACAGUGGUUUUCGCAGGCUUCGUGUCAAUUCUCUUCUUCCUUGGUUUCUUUUUCGACAAACAUAUGCGUCGAACUACACGCGGUAUGCGCUUGCUUCAGAAUGUUCACUACUUCGACAUGUUUGUGUGUCAAGUGAUUCUUAUGUUAUCUGGGCUUGUGCUCACAGAUGGCUUCGAUGAUCUCUCAGUUAUGGGGCUGUGCUAUAUCCAGAUUUCUACAGCGUGGGCAGUUUCACUGGGGAUGAUUGCGGCGUUUGUGUGGAAUAGUGCUAUGGUGCUAAUGACAGCCCAGUGGUUUCUUGUGCGGAGGGCGAGACCAGAACCUGUUUCUGCGGGGCCUGCGGCUGGAGUUAGAAUGUGGAGGUUUGUAAGGUUGUGGAAGAAGAGAGACAUAAGGGAAGAACAGGAAAUGGGGUCUCUUUCCGGGACUUGUGAGUCAAGAAUGGAUUGA